AUGGCCCCUCGCGCAUGGCGUGGCCACGAAUGGUACCGCCAGCGCUUUGGCCACACGUACCCCGCGCGGUGGGCGUUGGUCCCUGGGCUUUGCCACGUGGUUUUGGUAGAUACGUCUCGCUCCUCGACCACGUCGAUUUGCAAGGAAAAGGCCAUGUCGGAGUUGCGGUACUGGGGCAACCCGCAGCUGGAGCAUUUGCAUGCCAAGUAUACGGGCACGAUUCAUCCUGAUAUUACAAAACAUGAAUGGGCCGUUCAUCAGCACCGUGAUACCAAUGCUGCUGUGAUUGCCCAAGGUCCGCUCCUUUCAUAUAUGGCGAUUGCCGAUGGAGAGACGCGUGCCCGUACACAAUUCCGUCUGUGUGAAAAUAUGCUGCAACCGUGUGGCCCGCCGCCGGAGCGUCAAGAGCUGAUUUGA